AUGGACCAGCCAGAGGAUUUCUGCUCCAGCGCGGAGUCCCGUGCCGCCAAAGCCCGACAGCUGCUCCAGGACACGCUAGAGAGGCUGAGCCAGGAGCAGCUGAAGCGUUUCCGCCACAAGUUGCGCGACAUGCCAGUGGACGGCCGAAGCAUCCCAUGGGGGCGGUUGGAGGGCAAGGACGAACUGCACCUCGUGGAGGAGAUGGUCCAGUUCUAUGGGCCGGAGAUUGCCCUGGACGUGACCCGAAGGACUCUGAAGAGGGCGGACAUCCGAGACGUGGCAGAGCAACUCAAGGAUAAGCUGAAGGGGCUUGGCCCCAGCUCCUUCAUGCUGCUCUCCGUGUCCGAGUACAAGAAGAAAUACAGAGAGCACGUCCUGCAGCAGCAUGCCAAGGUUAAGGAAAGGAAUGCCCGCUCUGUGAAGAUCAACAAGCGCUUCACCAAACUGCUCAUCGCGCGCGAGGAAGCCACACCAGUGGAUGGGACUCGGGGACCCACUGAGGAGCCAGGGACCCAGCGUGCUCGGCGCUCCGACACUCACACCUUCAACCGCCUGUUCGGCCGUGACGAAGAAGGCCAGCGGCCUCUGACGGUCUUGCUGCAGGGCCCAGCGGGCAUCGGCAAAACCAUGGCGGCCAAGAAAAUCCUGUAUGACUGGGCAGGAGGCAAGCUGUACCACGACCAGGUGGACUUUGCCUUCUUCUUGCCCUGCCGCGAGCUGCUGGAGCGACCGGGCAAGUGCAGCCUGGCCAGCCUGAUCCUAGACCAGUGCCCCCACCGCAGCGCGCCCAUUGGGCUCAUACUCUCUCGUUCCGAGAGGCUGCUCUUCAUCCUGGAUGGCGCGGAUGAGCUGCCCCCGCCGGGGCCCACCGAGGGGGUGCCCUGUAUAGACCCCUUUGAGGAGGCAGAGGGCGCACGGGUGCUGAGCGGGCUGAUGGGCAAGACGCUGCUGCCUGGUGCCCGCCUGCUGGUGACUGCCCGUGCCACCGCCCCUGGGAGGCUACAGAGCCGCCUGUGCUCCCCGCAGUGCGCAGAAGUGUGCGGCUUCUCCGACAAAGACAAGAAGAAGUUCUUCCACAAGUUUUUCCGGGACGAAAGGGUGGCGGAGCGUGCCUACCGCUCUGUGAAAGAGAAUGAGACACUCUUUGCACUGUGCUUUGUGCCCUUCGUGUGCUGGAUCGUGUGCACAGUUCUGCGCCAGCAGCUCCAGCUCGGCCAGGACCUGUCUCGCACCUCCAAGACCACUACGUCCGUGUACCUGCUUUUCAUCACCAGCCUCCUGAGCUCAGCGCCUGCUGCUGAUGGGCCCCAGGUGCAGGGCGAGCUGCGUAAGAUGUGCCGCCUGGCCCGUGAGGGCCUCCUUGGGCAUAGGGCACAGUUCACUGAGAAGGAUCUGGAGAGACUGGAACUUCGCGGCUCUAAAGUUCAGACGCUGUUUCUCAGCAAGAAAGAACUGCCAGGUGUGCUGGAGACUGAGGUCACCUACCAGUUCAUGGACCAGAGUUUUCAGGAAUUCUUUGCCGCGCUGUCCUACCUGCUGGAGGACAAGGGAAACCUCAGGGCAGCGGCUGACAGCGUAGGGGCGCUUCUCCGGGGGGACACCGAGCUGCGCGGCCACCUCACACUCACCACGCGCUUCCUCUUCGGGCUCCUGAACACAGAACGGGUGCACGACAUCAAGCACCACUUCGGCUGCGUGGUUUCAGAGCGUGUAAAGCAGGAUGUCCUGCGGUGGAUGCAGGACCAGGGCCACCAGGGGGCGGCACCAGAGGGGACCAAACAGACCGAAGCGCCUGAGGACGCUGAGGAGCUGGAGGAGGAGGAGGGCGAGCUCAACUACCCGCUGGAGCUGCUGUACUGCCUGUACGAGACUCAGGAGGAUGCCUUUGUGCGCCAGGCCCUGCGUGGCCUCCCUGAGCUGGUGCUGGAGCGCGUGCGCUUCAGCCGCAUGGAUGUGGAGGUUCUGAGCUACUGCAUAAGGUGCUGCCCGGAGGGGCAGGCACUGCAGCUGGUUAGCUGCGGCCUGGUCCCUGCACAGGAGAAGAAAAAGAAGAAGAGCCUGAUGAAACGGCUGCAUGGCAGCCUGGGUGGCAGCUCUUCACAAGCCGCCAUGAAAAGAUCCCAGGCUUCUCCAUUGCGUUCACUCUUUGAGGCCAUGACUGACCAACACUGCGGUCUGAACAGCCUGACGCUGUGCCGCUGCAAACUGUCUGAUUCUGUCUGCCGAGACCUCUCCGAGGCCCUGAAGGAGGCCCCCGCCCUGACCGAGCUGGGUCUCCUCCACAACUGGCUCAGUGAGGCCGGCCUGCGUUUGCUGUGUGAGGGCCUGGCCUGGCCCCAGUGCCGGGUGAAGAAGCUCAGGGUGCAGCAGCCCAGCCUCCAGGAGGUGCUUCAACACCUCAUUGGCAUGCUCAGUCAGAGCUCAGCGUUGACCACCCUGGAUCUAAGUGACUGCCAACUGCCGGAGCUCGCAGUGACCCAGCUGUGUACAGUCCUACAGGACCAGGGAUGCCGCCUACAGACCGUCAGUCUGACCUCCGUGGAGCUGAGCAAGCAGUCACUGCAGGAGCUGCGGAAGGUGAAGACAGCAAAUCCAGGUCUGGUCAUCACACACCCACUGCUGGACAGUCAUCCCUAAGCCUCCCACAGGAUUCAACUGUGUCCUCUGAGGCCCUGAACGCCAGGAAGAGGACUCUAGUCAGCCCUAUGGAAUAGACAUCCUCAUCCCAAGGGCAGAAGGAUGUUGCUCUCUGCUCUGGGCAGCUCUUUUGAGCCUGAGGGACCCUGGGCAGGCAGGUAAAAGGCAAGGACACACGUGGUCCCUUACAUGGUCAGGGACAGGUCCCAGGACAUGCCCUUCCCCCCAUACUCUGGGCACAGGUUCUGUCUCUGCUCUCCUAACCCAAACCCCACCACUGCUCCACCCACCUUCCUCUCCUGCACGCCCCCCCAGCCAGCAGAUACCCCUAGCGACAAUAAUGCUGACAGCUCCCAGUCAUCAAGCCCCUGCCAUGUAUUGGCCUUGACCUGGUAUGUUCAGUGCAGUGACCCCUUCCCUGAUCCCAUUCCCAUCUGCACUGUGGGCCCCACAACCCCACAGCCCCACAACUCUGCCCUCGGCCACAGGAGAUCAAGCAGGGGCUGACCCCUGACCAAAGGUAGACAGGUCAUUGUUCUUCCCCAGGAACUUGGGUCCUGGCAUUGGAAGUGAAGCCAUCCCUGAGGCUGUGUGGUGCCAGCCCAGAGGUGUCCAUUUACUGUCUAGGUCUUCAGAGACGGAGACCAGGGGAGAGGGGACACAGCUGCAGCCUGCACUCCAGGUGGGAGACGCGAUGGCAGGGGCAGCAAGCAGCCUGUCCUCCAGCCCGUGUGCUGAUAAUACAUUCUCCUUUGGAUUCA